AUGGAGAAAAACCGCGAAAAGAAUCAUGAACUACAAGCCUAUCUUAACUCCACUGACUCAUAUUUAGAAAGCGACCAGAUUCAACUGCCAAUUGAGGAUCAGGAGGAUAGAAAAAAAGUAGCCGAGGCUAUCUUCGGAUUAGGAGAUGUUUAUGGAAUUAAUAAUCAGUUUGACAAGGCAACUGAGUACUAUGAGCAAGCCAUGAAAAUUGCAAAGGAACAGAAAGAUAAAAAACAGGAGGCAAUGGCCUACAUUAAUUUAGGUGAUGCUUAUAGAGUGAACAAUCAGAUUCGGACGGCAAUUGAAUACUUUGAGAAAGCCUUAACAAUUGCAAAGGAACAAAAUGAUAAAGAUUUGGAAACAACAGUAUCCUUUUUGACGGGAGGUGCCCACCUGUUGGACAAUCAGUUUCAAACAGCAAUUGAAUACUUUGAGAAAGCAUUGCUAAUUGCAAAAGAACAAGGACAUAAGCAACAUGAAAGCAAGGCAUACCUCGUAUUUGGAGUUGCUUGCAUGUUUAACAAUCAGUCUCAAACAGCAAUUGGAUACUAUGAGAAAGCCUUGCAACUUGCAAAAGAACAAGGACAUAAGCAGCAAGAAACCAAGGCAUGCCUUGUCUUAGGAGAUGCAUAUAGAUUAGACAAUCAGUUUCAAAUGGCAAUUGAAUACUUUGAGAAAGCCUUGGAAAUCGCAAAAAUUGGAGAGGAUGAACAACAGAAAUCAGAGGCAUUACUUGCGUUAGGACGUACUUAUAGAUUAAACAAUCAGUUUCAAGCAGCAAUUGAAUGUAUUGAGGAAGGCUUAGAAAUUGCAAAAGAAACAGGAGACAAAAUGCAACAAAAAGAAGCGUAUCUUGGAAUAGGACGUAGUUAUAAAAUGAGCAAUCAGUUUGAAAUGGCAAUUCAAUACUUUGAGAAAGCUUUGGAACUUGCAAAAGAACUACGUUAUAAAUGGCAAGAAACAGAAGUAUACCUUGAGUUAGGACGUGCUUAUAGUUCUAUGAAAGACCAUUUUAAAACAAUUGAAUAUUAUGGAAGAGUCUUGGAAAAUGCAAAGGAACAAGAAAAUAAACAACAGGAAGCAGAAGCAUUACUUGCCUUAGGACUUACUUACAGAUUAAACAAUCAGUUUCAAGCGGCAAUUGAAUGUUUGGACAAAGCCUUGGAAAUUGCAAGCGAAAGAGGGGAUAAAAUGCAACAAACAAUGGCGUAUCUUGCGAUAGGACGGGCAUAUAUACUGAACAGUCAGUUUCGACCGGCAAUUAAGUCCUACGAGAAAGCAUUGGAAUUGGCAAAGAAAGAAAAAAAUAAACAGAUUGAAGACUGUGUAUACUAUGAGUUAGGAUGUGCUUAUAGCACCAAUAAUCAGCUUCAAAUGGCAAUUGAACACUUUGAAGAAGCCUUGGCAAUUAUUAAAGAACAAGACGACCAACAAAAUGAAUCAAAUCUGUACUUUUUGUUAGGAGUAACUUAUAGAUCGAAUAGUCAGAUUCAAAAGGCAAUUGAAUCCUAUGUUAAUGCUUUAGAAAUUGCAAAGAAACAAGGAAAUAAGCAGAUAGAAACAGAUGCAUGCAUCCAAUUGGGAGAUACUUGUUUAAUGAUCAACCAGGUUCAAAAGGCAAUUGGAUACUUGGAGAAAGCAUUAGAAAUUGCAAAGGAACGAAAAGUUGAACAGGAAGAUGCAGGUGUAUACAUGGUGUUAGGAAAAGCUUAUAGAUUGAACAAUCAGAUUCAAACAGCAACUGAAUGUUUCGAGAACGCCUUGGGAAUUGCAAAACAACUAGAAGAUAAACAUCAGGAAGCACAGGCAUACAUCGGAUUAGCAGAUUCUUAUCAAUUAAACAAACAGUUUGAGACAGCAAUUGUAUUCUUCGAGAAAGCCUUGGAAAUCGCAAAGGAACAAGGAAAUAAGGAGAUGGAAACAGAUGCAUGCACCCAGUUGGGAAAUACUUGUUUAAUGAACAAUCAGAUUCAAAGGGCAAUUGGAUACUUGGAGAAAGCAUUAGAAAUUGCAAAGGAACGAGGAGUUGAACAGAAAGAUGCAGGAGUAUACAUGGUGUUAGGAGAAGUUUACAGAUUGAACAAUCAGAUUCAAACAGCAAUUGAAUGCUUCGAGAAAGCCUUAGGAAUUGCAAAACAACGAGAAGAUAAACAUCGGGAAGCACAGGCAUACAUUGGAUUAGGAGAUUCUUAUUAUUUAAACAAGCAGUUUCAAACAGCAGUUGUAUUCUUCGAGAAAGCCUUGGAAAUCGCAAAGGAACGAGGAAAUAAAGAGCAAGAAACAAAGAUAUCGCUUGGGUUAGGAUUUGCUUACAUAUCUAACAAUCAGCUUCAAAUGGCAAUUGAAUACUUCGAGAAAGCCUUGGAAAUUGCAAAAAAACGAGAAAAUAAACGGCAAGAAACAGAUAUAUACUUUUUGUUAGGAGAUUCUCAUCGUUCAAACGAACAGUUUGAAACAGCAAUUGAAUAUUUCGAGAAAGCCUUGGAAAUUGCAAGACAACGAGAAGAUAAACAUCAAGAAGCACAGGCAUACAUUCGGUUAGGAGAUUCUUAUCGUGUAAACGAACAGUUUGAAACAGCAAUUGAAUACUUCGAGAAAGCCUUGGGAAUCGCAAAGGAACGGAGAAAUGAAGACCAAGAAACGAAGGUAUCACUUGGGUUAGGACUUGCUUAUAUAUCUAACAAUCAGUUUCAAAUGGCAAUUGAAUACUUCGAGAAAGCUUUGGAAAUUGCAAAGAAACAAGAAGAUAAACGGCAAGAAACAGAUAUAUACAUUUUGCUAGGAGAUUCUUAUCGUUCAAACAAACAGUUUGAAACAGCAAUUGAAUACUUUGAGAAAGCCUUAGAAAUUGCAAAGAAACAAGAAGAUAAAAGGCAAAAAACAGAUAUAUGCGUUUUGUUAGGAGAUUCUUAUCGUUUAAACGAACAGUUUGAAACAGCAAUUGAAUACUUCCAGAAAGCCUUAGAAAUUGCAAAACAACAAGAAGAUAAACAGCAAGAAGCACAGGCAUACAUUCGAUUAGGAGAUUCUUAUCGUUUAAAUGAACAGUUUGAAGCAGCAAUUGAAUACUUCGAGAAAGCCUUGGAAAUCGCGAAGGAACGAGGAAAUGAAGACCAAGAAACAAAGGUAUCACUUGGGUUAGGAGUUGCUUAUUUGUCUACCAAACAAAUUCAAAUGGCAAUUGAAUACUUUAGGAAAGCAUUGGAAAUUGCAAAACGGCGAGAACAUAAACGUGAGGAAACAUCGGCAUACUUUGGAUUAGCAGAUGCUUAUAAAUUAAACGAUCAGAUUGAAAAAGAAAUUGAAUGUUUUCAGAAAGCCAUGAAAAUUGCAAAUGAAGAAGGCGAUAAACAGCAAGAAACAACCGCAUACCUUGCGUUAGGAGAUAUUUAUGGAAUUCAAAACCAGCUUAACCCCAAAACGGCAAUUGAAUGCUUUGAGAAAGCCUUGGAAAUUGCAAAAGAACAACGAGAUAAAAAACAGGAAACAGAUGCAUUACUUGGUUUGGGACGUACUCACGAAUUGAACAAUCAAAUUCAUGCGUCAUUUGAGUACUAUAAUAAAGCCAAAGAAAUUGCACAAGAACGAGGAGACAAACAACAGGAAAUGCGGGCGCUACAUGGACUAGGAAAUACUUAUAAAAAGAACGUAGAGGGUCAAACGCAAACUGAAUAUUUAGAGAACGCAAAUGCUAAAGAGCGUGAAGACAAACGUCAAGACGAAAAUAUUGCAAGAAAUGCAACUGAAAAAUUAUCAAGCAAUGCAGGUAAGCAAAUAACCUUCACGUUUGAAGUAUCUUUCGGUUACCCAAAUACUUAUCGACUUUGGUGUAUUAGGAAUCAUGAUUUAGGAUUCUGUAUAAAAUAUAAUUGUUUAGACAAAGACCGCUGUCACAUAUACUCUUAACUGCCAACUAACUCCAUUCACUCGAAUGGCGUAAAUAUCGUGAGCAAAGUUUGAAUAAAUACACUUCCACAACUUGAAUAAGUACACUUCCACAACUUGAUUUAUGUUUUUUUUGUUUGAAUUUUUUUCCACUGAAUAACUAAAUUUUGAUGCAGCAAUGGACCACUUGGUCCAUUGCUGAAUCAAAAUAUAGUUAUUCAGUGGAAAAAAAUUCAAACAAAAAAAAUAUAUAAAUCAAAAGAAACAAACAUUCAUUCAAACACAUUGGUCUUUAAUAAAUUCGAACUAAAUACCCUUAUUAACUUAACCAAUAUACUGACUGUAUUGUAUUUUACUAAAACAUUAUAUAAUCAUAUAUAUACAAGAGUUUUUCAUGAUGUGGCUUGGCAUAUCAGUAUACUUGAUUUCAAAAAGCUAACGCCUCGACCAUAAACUUACGGUUUUUUUGUCCUUUCCUAACUUCCAUGCAUGUGCUCAAAGGACAAUCGAGCAUGCUAAACCAUGGAAAAAUUAUUGAAUCUAUGUUUUUCCCAAAUUUGCCACAAUUCGUAUGGCGUAUUAAGAUAUAAAAAUCCUUACAACAAAUUUUGCUCGAAUAUAACGUGUAUAACAACAUAUAACUUAAUAUGUAAAAGCAUAUAGACAUUUCGCAUGAGAUUUAUAUUCUUGUGACCCAUUCGUGUGUUUUUAAUCUUUCAAUUUAUAGAUGCAGUCAACGAUAAUUAUAACAAAGCUAUUCCAGCAUCAGACACAUCCGAUAGCGUUGAACUUCAGGACACCGGCGAUAAUGUUAACCGAAUGGAGCAUUCCAAAUCAAAUGGGGGUAAAAAUGAAGAUGUUAUGAAAAGCAACAAACAACCACCUCCAGUUGUGAAUGAAACAGAUCUUAAAGAGAGCAAAGCAAAAGCUUAUCAACAAAUGGGAAACGUAUCUACUAGAAAUGGCAAGUAUAAGAAAGCAAUUGAGCAUUAUCAGAAAGCACGUAAAAUAUUUCCAGGCAUCAAAACAGAUGAGCUGGAAGUAAUAGCAUACCAAUGGCUAGGUUACAACCAUUUGCAAACUGGUCAGUACCAAGAAUCCAUAACAUAUUACAAAGAAACUUUGGAACUUGCCUCACAGCUUGGUGAUCUAAAGAGGAAAAUCAACGCUUACCUGGGAUUAGGAAGUGCAUAUAGUUAUACUGGCGAGUUUGAGUCCGCGCGAAAGUAUUUCUUAAAAGCACUUACAGUAGCUGAAGUCAAAGAGAUCAAUGACAAAGGUCUCCAAAAGGAAGCACAUACAAAUCUAGGAAAUAUAUACUACAAGAAUUGUGAGUAUGAUGCGGCUGCCAAGUCGUACCUCAAAGUUCAAGAAAUGUCCCACGAUCUUGGUGAGAAAAAAGAAGAAGCCUACGCCUAUUUCAUGCUCGGCGACACCUUUCGACAAUUAAAGAAACACGAGAAAGCCAUUGAAUCUUACAAGGCAGCGUUAAGCAUCAAUAAAGAAAUGCAAAGGAUUUGUUUUGAGAAACCUGUAGAGGGAAUUAUUAAUGAAUGGUGCGGAUAUUGCUGCGGUUUGAUUGCCGGCCAAGAUCAAGAAGCUAUAACAUGUUAUGAAAGGGCAAAAGAAAUUGCCAAACAAGUUGGAGAAAAAUAUCAAGAAUGUCGUAUAAAUCAAGCCAUUGGAGCUGUCUUCUGCAACACCGGUAAUUAUGAAAAGGCGAAGGAAUAUUACCAAAAAGCUUUGAUAAAUUCUAAGGAACUGGGAGAUAAACAUCGUGAAGCAACAUCAUAUUUAGAUCUGGCUUCAGUUUGUAGCAAAGAUUGUGAUUACGAGAUGGCAAUAAAGUGGUAUGAAAAGGCGUUGGAUAUUUUUGGAAUUGAUCUGAAUGAUAACCUUCUCAGAAAGAAAGCUCUGAUUGGCGUGGGAAUUGCCUGGUCCAAUCUUGGAAAUACUCAAAAAGGAGCUGAAUCAAUUCGCAUGGCUCGAGAAUUUGCUGAUGAAAAAGCCCACCAAGGUAGUUAUAUCUGAUAGACAAUAAAAUACAGAUAUUGUAUAUACAGUAUAUUAAGGUAAAUACGAUUGCCUGAUAUUUCUCGGCUAAUAUUGUAUAUAUUGAAGUUUUAAAAUUCUUUAUCUCAUUAUAUAGAUCAUCCCAACGUUGACCUUACGCACCAGAGCAAAAAUUCUGCAAAGAAAAUGUCGUCGUCACAAACACCAGGUAAGUUCAAUUGACAAUUCCCCUUAUUACAUUUUCGUAGCGCUUUGCAUUGUGGUUAUAGUGGUCUCACUGAUAUUCAAGAUGGCUUAUUUUUUGUGCUAAUCCAAGCAAGAGCUUUUAAAAAAAGUUAGGGUCAGGUGCGCGAUAGCAAACAGCAAAAUAUUCGCGAAAACAUUCAAUAUUUUCAUUCGAGGCCGCUAUCUUUAUUAGUGAUACCACUAUAACCACAAUGCAAAGCGCUACGAAAUCUUGAAUUGAAAACUUCUUACAAAAGUUAUGGCGCAAUUUUUUUGUUAGUCGAAAUUCAGAUAUGCUUCAAAGAUUUUCCUUCUUUUUUUUCUUAGUUCGCUUUUUAUGCUGUAGUUAUUUUCCAUACGAAACUAAUUACUUUCAAAUUUAAAACAAAAAAAAAACAUUUAAAAGUUGAGCUGCGUAUUUCCUGACAUUUUUCGUGCUAAUUUAUGAACUUGGGCUAAAACUGCCUUAGCAGAUAUUAUCAGGUGAUUUAGAAAACCUGCAAUAAUUUGCUGAACCAUAUUCACAAAUUGAUUGCAGAACGCCAAACGUUGGGCCGGGCCACCUUCCCUCAAUUUCUGCCUUUGAAUUAAACCGUACAGAUAAAAUUUUAGGCCCAAUAUAUAACGACGCGCUGAAAGGUGCGAUGUUUUAACAUUAACCCAUUACACAACGAAGUUCGUUGCCGUUUUACGGGAUUGUCGAACCAAUUCAAUAAUUUGUAACUUCGGAUAUUCUUGGAACAAAGCCCAAUCAUCACCUCUUGCAUGAGAAGGUACUUACUGGUUUGGGAGUUGCCUUGUUCAAUCUUGGAGACACAGAAAGUCAAUUUACCAAGCUCAGACGUUUGCUAAUUAGAAUACUGUCACAUUCCUUCUACGUUUCCUGCCUGAGCCCCCAAUUUUUACGUUCGCGGGCGAGAACGAACAAAAAUGUGUGUCUGCAUCGUUAACAUCUUUACGACCGUUGCCCUCCUUGAUCAUGCAGACACAGCGAGACGCGCUGGCCAAGGAAGCUUUCUCAUAUUUGAAACAUCCUUCUUUUAAAUCUGUGAACUUUGCGACGACAAUAAACCCGGCAAUAUCAAUUUAUUCUUCAUGAACAACAACAACAACAAAAACAACAACAUUUGUGAGAAAACAACGUUCACUUUUUACCAAAACUCGUUAUCCAAGACUCGAAUCGGGAAGAAUGUAGCUAAAUAAUACGAGAUCUUUUAAAGUUUUGAGAUUGAUAUUCAAACCGAGCGUGAUUUGGACUUAUUUUACAUGCAGUAGUUUUUCUUACAUAUUUAAAUUGUAAAUAUGUUUUAAUAUUAUUUCCAUAUGUAGAUUCUAAGAACGUUGAAACUACGGAUGAGGACGCAAAUUCUACAGAGCAGAAAGCAUCGUACUCACCAGUACCAG